AUGAGCUGUAUUCGUUCAUGUAUAAUAUUGACAAGUGAUGGAUGGGUUUAUUAUCAUAACACAGGAGGCAUUUGGGCAAGAUUAUUCUCUUUCACUCAAUACACAGAUCCAGACACUUCCCAAAUUUUAACAAAUGUCAAGUUUGUAUCUGUGGCGAUUGGUGGAUACUAUACAUGUGAAACAAUAUUUGCAGUAACCAAUUAUGGACAUGUAUUUAGUUAUGGAUGUCAUAAUCUUGGGUUAAGAGGUACUCCACUUAGUAAUAGUGAAUAUAUUCCCUACAUGAUUCCAUCACUCAGAAAUAUUACAACAAUUUCAUCUGGUCAAAGACCAGGUAAUGCUGAAGUUGGAAGAACUGCAGCUGGUGCCAUUGAUAUAAAUGGUGUUUUAUGGACAUGGGGAAGUAAUUAUUAUGGAUUGUUAGGUUGGAACUCAACAGUCAAUGCUACAAGUGAGUUUCCACAACCUGUGACUUUACUUCCGUCCAAAGUGAUAAGAGUAGUGUUUGGAUAUGGACAUGCAUUGGUCACAUUGGAUAGUGGAGAUGUUUAUGGUUUUGGAGAUAAUACCUACAAGCAAUCAUAUCCAGACUCCUCAAUAACAUCAAUCUAUGUCCCAACGAGAAUUAAUAUUACUGAAAAUACCACAGAGUGCUUUGCUGCUGGAUAUUCGUCAGCAUGUUUACUCAACUCUGGCUACAUGGUUUCGUGGGGUUAUGUUAAUUUUCUUGGACAUAGCUCAACACCAAAUUACGAUAAGGUCACCAUGGUAAAUGAUGCUCAAGUAAUUAUGGCAAGAAUUUCAAAUGUGCAUGGUUUGACAAUAACCUCAGAUGGAUCAGUGAAUGUUUGGGGAACUAGCAAUACCGCUUCCGUGUUGACUUUGGGAGAGGAACGUGCUAUUAGAUAUCCAAGAAAGCUUUCAAUUUCGUCAUUUGCCUCUGGAAAUGUCACAGUCUCUAAAAUCGUUGGUGGAAUAUCGUGUAUGUUUGUUUUCUCUAAGUUACACAAUGAAACAGGAAAUUUCAAUGCUCUAGAUUAUUGGGGAGAUUGUAGUAAUAGUUUGAAUUUUGGAGUUCCAUCAUUGACACCAAAAAGUGCCCCUCAAACCUUUGUAGACAAAGACAUUUCAACAAUAGAUAUCAGACAUAAUACUGCCAUAGCAUUUACAAAUAGUGGAGAAGUGUAUGGUUGGGGUCUUUCUUCAGCAUUUAAUGGAGUAUCUUCGAACAUCAAUAGUCCAGUAUUAUUUGCAAAUGAUGUAAAAAAGGUAGCUGUUGGUAGUGCAAAUACUUAUGUACUAUUUAACAAUGAUACAUUGUGGGGAAUUGGUGCAAACAAUUAUUAUCAGAUGGGAUUAGGAAGCUCUGCACCCACAAGUACCUUCACUUCCUUUACUCAAAUUAAUACCACUUCCUUCUUAACUCCUGAUGAACAAAUUGUUGACAUUAGGGCAGGUCAGAAUAAUGUUUUCCUUUUAACAGAUAGAGGAAACGUGUAUGGAUGUGGUAGGAAUGGAGGGUCUGAGAGAUUUAUUUCAAAUAGUGGAUUAGAAAAUCAGCCAACUUUUGUAAGAAUGAAUGGAAACAUCAAAUUUAGGAAAAUGUAUAUUGGAUUUUACACUAACUUGUUACUAAUUUCCACUACAGGACAAUUUUAUUAUGUCUACGGAUCACCAAUUAAACCUAGUUUACCAAUAGGUGAUUCCUAUGUUGUGGAUAUAUGUGAUUAUUCUGGAAGAUUUUAUAUUAUUAGUAGAAAGGGUAAUCUGUAUACUGCAGGAAUUAACAAUGCUUAUGAAACAAAUCCAAGUCAAGGAUUUUCUACCACAAUUUCAACACCUGCACUGUAUCCAAGACAAUACUUUGAUGGAAUUCCAUAUUUGACUGCUUGUUCUGAUGGUCGUGCAGCAAUAGUUACUAGAGAAGAGUAUACAUGUUUUGGUGUGAAUUCUACAGACCCUUCUGUUUGUUCUUCACAUGGCCAUUGCCAAUCUCCAAAUUCUUGUCUAUGUGAUGAAGGUUAUUCUGGUUUGACUUGUUCCAAUUAUACAUGUAAUUCAAUUUCUCCUUCCAAUUCAACAGUUUGUUCUGGCAGAGGACUCUGUAUAGCUCCAGAAACUUGUUCUAAUUGUGCUGAUUCAAUUGGUACCUAUUGUCAGUAUUCUAAAUGUUAUGGAAUUUAUGCCAAUAAUGGUUUAGUUUGUAGUGGAAAUGGAAUUUGCAACGGACUUGACAAGUGUGAUUGUAAUUUUGGCUUUUAUGGUAAUAGAUGCCAAUAUAGAUCUUGUUUUGGAUCACCACCUACAUCAUCUCUUUCUCUAAGAACAACAGCUGAUGUUUUCUGUACUAAAAUCAACAAAAUAUUAAAAUAGGCAGCAGGACUUUUA